CAUCGCCAAUCUCUAGUCGGCAACUUGGAGCAGGCGAAGGCCCUAACUUUAAGACAUUGGCGCUGGUUCCUAGCAGGUUUUUUUCAGUCCCGAAGAAGCGGCGGUCCUCGAGCUCGAACGAAGAGAGAAAAAAAAGAAAGAACAAAGCAGAGAACAAUUUCGCUAAAACCCUUGUAAAACCCUGGAAAAUUUGUCUGAAAAAGCCUCAUCUAUCUGAACUAGACAAAGAAUCGAAUACCCUUUUUCUCUUUCCCUACAAUGGCAACACCGUCGCAUGCUCAAGCUGUCAAGUCUCUCAAUAAAUCUCCUGGCCGUAGGCGCUUUGUUUUCAAGACUUUCUCUCAGAGAAUAGAGGAUAUUGAUAUUAAUGUAUUUCGAAGCCUUGAUAAAAUAAAGUUGGAGCCAUCAGAAGGUUCAUCUUUCCUUCGGGAUUGUCUUAUCGAGUGGAGGGAAUUGAAUACUGCAGAGGAUUUUAUUUCAUUUUAUGGGGAGACGAUGCCUUUUGUACAGACCUUACCCUUGGUUCUCUUGCACAAGGAAUUGAUAUUUACUAAACUUAUAUCCAGAUUACAAAUGAAAGCAAGAUUAUCUCUUGAGCCUAUACUCAGAUUGUUGGCAGCCUUCUCUAGAGAUCUUCUGGAAGAUUUUCUUCCUUUCCUGCCUAGGAUUGCUGAUUCCUUAGUCUCUCUCCUCAAAAGUGGUGCAGAUAGGGAGCCAGAUAUCAUUGAGCAGAUUUUUACUUCAUGGUCAUACAUCAUGAUGUAUUUGCAGAAGUAUCUCAUACGGGACAUUGUACAUGUUCUCAAGGUUACAGUAAGAUUGAGAUAUUACCCAAAGGAUUAUGUCCAAGAGUUUAUGGCAGAGGCUACAUCAUUCUUGCUGCGGAAUGCGCCUGUUGGGCAACUUAUAAAAGGUAUUAGGAAGACCAUGUUUGAAGUUGUGAAGAAACCAUUACCUAUACGGAAGUCUGGAGUUAGUGCUCUGUUAUGCUAUAUUAUGCUAGGAACCUCAUCAAGGUUCCAUUCAGGAGCAGAGAGAGUUUUGCGAUUGUUGGUGGACAAUUCAAUAUUUGCUAUUGCUGAUAAGUUUCCUGAAGGUUCUGAUGCUAUUCUUGAAGUUGUGAUUGCUGCCUUUCAAAAAUUAUCUGAGGAGCUAGAACCCAAAGAGUUAACUCUGAUGUGGGAGUGUUUGUAUCAGGAAAUAAGCGACUCUCAAGCUAACGGAUCUUUCUUGCAUCUAAGUCGCCUUUUAUCGCUGCUAAUAUCUUCUGUUCAGGUUAAUAGUGGGCGUUGUAUUUCUGAUUAUCAACAAAUGCUUGAAGUUGUAGAGUCCUUGGUGCUGAAAGUUGUAAUGCCUUCUAGCAAAGGAAAUGGUAGUUUGUCUGAAGUUGUUGAUAAGGUUCUGCAACUAAUGCUACACAUUCUUGAUGGACUCCACGGUUCUAAUAAUUUGUCUGCCAUCUCUGGCUGUUUGUUACUGUGGGCUCCUGUAUUUGAAUUAAGAAACUCAAGUUUGUUGAUAUUUCUUAAAGAACUACUGCUGAAGGACCCUUAUGUAAUAUAUAUUUUCAGAGAAUAUAUUUUAAGUGCUAUGAAUGAUUUGGUAGAAUCUUCACAAGAAGAAGUUUUGUGCCUGUUACUGUCCUUCUUCAAUAGACUGCAAAUGCAUCCUCAAAGCAUUAAAUUCUUAGAUGAAUUGUCUGAAGGGAGACUUUCAAAGAUAUGUGAUUAUAUGCACAGGGUUAUUAGUAACUGGAUCAAGCUUAUAAAUGAUAUUGCACGUGGGAAUCCAUUACCUGCUCCAAUUGAUGAGGUCAUGUUGGCUAUCUUGUGGGGAAUUAUAAGCUGCUAUCCACAUAUGUUCAAUGCCCAAGCAAAUGAAUCUUUGCUGGUAGAGUUGAUAGAUGCACUUCAUCGGCUUCUGAUGAUUGAAGCUGAAAGUAUUGCAGGUGUUUCCAAAGACAUUUGGGAGAGCCUUGUUGGUGCUGCUUUAGGUUCCCAUAACAAAUGGCAUUAUGCAAAAAAGACUGGGUUUGAAGAAAUGAACAAAGUAUUACACCUUGCCAAGGCCUGCAAAUCAUCCUCUCAAGUACUAUUUGCUGUCGCUGAUUACUUGGAUAAUGUGAAUGGGCCCAUCUUGCAAGCAGAUAGUGGCAAGGAAAUCUAUCAUCCUGUGCUUAAAGGGCAGAAUAUGGUGGAUGCAGUUGGCAAAUUUGCUGGAAAUUUGUGCCACCCAGAUAAGGGGAUUCGUCUUCCAACUCUAAGAAUUUUGUGCCAUCACGAGCUUCACAGUUGUGAAAUUUCUUCUAAGGAUCAGCCUGCUGAGAAGAAAAUUAAAACAGAAGUUUCUCAGGCUCGUAUUGUUGAUACUGAUGAAAGUAAUGUUAUUCAGCUCUUGCUGUCUAUUGAGGCUACUCCUCUUUCAAUUUCUACCAGCAGGAAAGUUACCUUAUUAAUAUCUAGAAUACAGAUGGGGCUCUCUGCUGGAAGGGUACCUGAAAUAUAUGUACCUCUCAUUUUGAAUGGGAUGAUUGGCAUCUUACAUAAUCGUUUUAGCUAUCUAUGCGAUGCAGCUUCUGAGUGCCUUGGAGUUCUGAUUAGCAAGUACACUGGACUUGUCUGGGAUAGCUUUAUUUCUUAUUUUGAGCAAUGUCAGUCCCUGGUACAGGCAUCUGAUGUUCAACUUGACGGAGUAAAUGCAAAUUUAUCUAACACAUCUAGUGAUCUUGUAAGGCAAUUCAAUUUGUUUGUUAAGCCUGCAUCUUAUAAUACACCAGGCACAGCAGUUUUGUCUUUGUUGCUUCAAUCUUUACAAAAGAUUCCAUCUGUUGCUGAAUCUCGGUCCCGUCAAAUUAUACCUCUAUUUUUAAGGUUUUUGGGCUAUGAUAACGAUAAUCUUGUGAGCACGGGUUCAUUCAAUUCAGACAGUUAUGAAGGGAAAGAGAGGAAGGGUAUCCUUAAAGAAUGGCUAAGCUUGUUUAAACUGAUGAGGAACCCUAGAUCAUUCUAUCGGAGUCAAUUUCUAAAAGAUGUUCUGCAAUAUAGGCUUUUAGAUGAGAAUGAUGCUGACAUACAGGCAAGGGUUCUUGAUUGCCUUUUAUUGUGGAAAGAUGACUUCCUACUCCCAUAUGACCUGCAUCUCAAAAAUCUAAUUAAUUCAAAACAUCUGAGAGAAGAACUAACAACAUGGAGUUUAUCUAAAGAAGCUGGUCUAAUUGAUGAAGGUCAUAGGGUUUAUCUGGUGCCUUUAGUUGUUCGUCUCUUGAUCCCAAAAAUAAAAAAUUUGAAAAUGCUUGCUUCUCGAAAGCAUUCAAGUGUAUAUCUUCGGAAGGCAGUUCUUGGUUUCACAGCUCAACUAGAUGCUCACGAGCUCCCUCUUUUCUUUGCAUUGUUAUUAAAGCCCUUGCAAAUCAUAUCAAAUGAAGAUGAUUGUGCUUCUAAUUUGUAUCGGAACUCAUCUAAUAUUUCUACGGAUGAACUUCACUCCCUAAAUUAUCUGAAUUAUUUCACUGUGGAAAAUAUAACAGCCGUGUCCUGGAAGAAGAAAUAUGGUUUUCUGCAUGUAAUUGAAGAUGUUAUCGGUGUUUUUGAUGAAUUUCAUGUCAGACCUUUUCUGGAUCUAUUAAUGGGAUGUGUUGUUCGGGUAUUAGCAAGCUGCAGCUUGAGUAUUGACAAUUCCAGGGUUGCCGAAUCCUCUCUAGUAAAAGAUCAUCCUGGUGUUGAGCUGAUCUCUGAUGACAAAGACAUAGACCAUGCAGUGGCAAAUCAUGUGAUGACUGGCAUGGGCAUCAAGCAACUCAAAGAUUUGAGGUCUCUAUGUCUGAAAAUUGUUUCUCUUGUUCUCAAUAAAUAUGAGGACCAUGAUUUUGGUUGUGAAUUCUGGAACCUAUUUUUUACAUCUGUAAAACCCUUAAUUGAUGGUUUUAAGCAGGAGGGUUCUAGUAGCGAAAAACCAAGUUCCCUGUUCUCUUGCUUUUUGGCUAUGAGUCGAAGCCUCCGACAUGUGUCCCUAUUGUGUAGGGAAAAGAAUCUUGUUCCUGAUAUAUUUUCAAUUCUAACUGUCCCAACUGCUUCAGAAGCUAUUAUAUCUUGUGUUCUGAAUUUUAUUUCAAACCUGCUUGAUCUUGAGUGUGAGUUGGAUGAUGAAAUCAGUCCUAUCAAAAGUGUGAUAUAUUCAAACCUAGAAGCACUUGUCUGCAGCUUGCAUCAUCUUUUUCAGAGUGAUAUUGCAUCCAAGAGGAAAUUGGUCAGAUGUCCAGGAGAAACAGAAAUUAGAAUUUUCAAAUUGCUAUCAAAAUACAUAAGGGAUCCAUUGCUGGCAAAGAAAUUUGUUGAUAUCUUACUCCCUAUCUUAUCAAAAAGAGUCCAAAGUUCUGAUAUCUGUGUUGAAGCCAUACAAAUUAUUCGAGAUAUCAUACCUGUAGUAGGGAGAGAGAGGACCACUGAAAUACUUAAAGCAGUUGCUCCACUUCUUAUUUCAGUUAAACUGGAUAUUCGAGUGUUUAUUUGUGAUCUUCUUGAUGCACUUGCUAGAACUGAUUCUUCUGUACUUGUGGUGGCUAGGCAUGUAAGACAAUUAAAUGCAACAUCAGCUUUUGAGCUGGAUGAGCUUGAUUACGACACUAUAGGCAAGGCAUAUGAAGAGAUUGGAAUUGGAUUCUUCCAUGCUAUGCCAGUGGAGCAUGCAUUACUUAUUUUGUCACAAUGUGUAUAUGAUAUGUCAUCAGAAGAAUUAAUAUUAAGGCAUCAUGCUUAUAGGUUGUUGCUUACAUUUCUUGAUUUUACUGCCAAAAUUCUUGCCCAAGAGGUUACAGAUCAUCAUGAAACUGCUGAAGAGAUGAUGAAAGAUGAUGAAGGCUGUUGGACAAGAGCAUGUGUUCAGCAUAUUAUAAACAAGUUUCUUUUAAAACAUUUGGGGGUUGCAAUUAGCAGGAGAAUUUCUGUGAGAAAGGAAUGGAUUGAUUUACUUCGAGAAAUGGUGAUAAAGCUUCCGCAGUUGGCGAAUCUUAAUUUGUUCAAAGCUCUAUGCUCUGAAGAUGCUGAUCAAGAUUUUUUCAAUAAUAUCAUUCAUUUACAGAAACAUAAGAGAGCAAAGGCUUUGUCUCGUUUUUCAGAUGUUAUCAGCAAAAGCCAUAUGUCUAAGGAUAUCAUAAAUAAAGUGUUUAUUCCACUCUUUUUCAACAUGUUGUUUGAUUUACAACAUGGAAAGGAUGAACAUGUUAGAAUUGCAUGCAUUCAAGCACUUGCUUCAGUUUCUGCUAAGAUGGAAUGGAAAUCAUACUAUGCGUUACUGCUCCGUUGCUUUAGGGAGAUGAGGACAAAUCCAGACAAGCAGAAGGUUCUCUUACGGUUAAUUUGCUCCAUCUUGGACCAAUUUAAUUAUUCACAAAUUUGUUCCAGUCAAGGAGCAAAAGAUUCCUUGGACAACAUUUCAGGUUCUGAAGCUGGUAGUACCAUUUCUUCAGCAUUGCAGAAAGGUGGUAGUUCUAUUAUGAAUGCUGAGAUACAGACCUCUCUUCAAAAAACUGUUCUGCCAAAGAUACAAAAGUUAUUGAGUUGUGAUUCUGAUAAUGUCAAUGUUAAUAUCAGUCUUGCAGCACUGAAACUUCUAAAGCUGCUUCCAGGAGAUAUAAUGGAGUCUCAGCUUUCUAGCAUCAUUCAUCGCAUUUCAAACUUUCUAAAGAGUCGUUUAGAAAGUACUCGUGAUGAAGCUAGGUCUGCAUUGGCUGAAUGUCUGAAGGUACUUGGACUUGAAUAUCUGAAGUUUAUAGUUCGAGUUUUGCGAGCAACCUUGAAACGAGGAUUUGAGCUGCAUGUUCUAGGAUAUACACUUAAUUUUCUUUUGUCAAAGACUCUUUUAAGUUCUACCUAUGGGAGUUUGGAUUAUUGUCUGGAAGAUCUCCUCUGUGUGGUGGAAAAUGAUAUUCUUGGAGAUGUUGCUGAGGAGAAAGAGGUGGACAAGAUUGCUACUAAAAUGAAAGAAACUAGAAAGUGCAAGUCUUUUGAAACCCUGAAACUGAUUGCCGAAAACAUAACUUUCAAAAUCCAUGCAUUAAAGCUUAUUUCUCCUGUUACAACUCACUUGCAAAAGCAUCUGACACCAAAAGUGAAGGCAAAAUUGGAGAAUAUGUUAAAGCACAUAGCAGAUGGACUUGAGUGCAAUUCAUCGGUAACUCAGACUGAGCUCUUAAUCUUUGUAUAUGGUCUCAUUGCUGAUGCAACUAAUGAAGAAAAUGGGUUGGGUGUGAGUUCGACUGGUAUAGAAGCAAAUAAGCAUGGAAAUGUUGUCAAUGAGAAAACUGUUUCUCCGGGCCAGGGUUUUAGAAUUAAAUCUGCAGGUUCACAUCUUAUUACUGUAUUUGCUCUAGGGGUUUUACAAAAUAGAAUUAAAAGCAUGAAAUUGGACAAAAGUGAUGAGCAGCUGUUAUCAAUGUUGGAUCCAUUUGUCAAAUUGCUUGGCAACUGCUUGAGUUCCAAAUAUGAAGAUAUUUUAUCCUCUUCCCUUAGAUGUCUUACUCCAUUGGUAAGGCUGCCUCUGCCAUCCCUUGAAUCCCAGGCUGAUAAAUUGAAGGUAACACUGUUGGAUAUCACACAAGGUUCAGUAAAUCCUGGCAAUCCUCUUAUGCAGUCAUGCCUAAAGCUGUUGACUGUGCUUUUACGAAGCACAAAAAUCACAUUAUCCUCAGAUCAGUUACAUCUGUUAAUACAGUUUCCAAUGUUUGUGGAUCUUGAAAGGAAUCCCUCUUUUGUUGCCCUAUCACUUCUAAAGGCAAUUGUUAACCGCAAGCUAGUUGUUCAUGAGAUCUAUGAUAUUGUAGUUCGAGUUGCAGAAUUGAUGGUAACUAGUCAGGUGGAACCAAUUCGCAGGAAAUGCAGUGAGAUUUUGUUGCAAUUCUUACUUGAUUAUCAUCUUUCAGAAAAACGCUUGCAGCAACAUUUAGAUUUUCUACUUGCAAAUCUAAGGUACGAGCAUCCAACUGGGAGAGAAGCUGUGCUUGAAAUGCUCCAUGCAAUUAUGAUCAAAUUUCCAAAAGGCAUAGUUGAUGAGCAGUCACAAACCAUAUUUGUCCACCUGGUGGUGUGCUUGGCUAAUGAUCAGGAUAAUAAAGUCCGCUCUAUGACUGGUGCAGUUAUAAAGCUCCUUAUUGGUCGUAUAAGCCAACAUUCGCUGAAUUCCAUUCUUGAGUACAGUCUGUCCUGGUAUUUGGGUGAGAAGCAGCAACUAUGGAGUGCAGGCGCACAGGUAUUGGGAUUAGUGAUUGAGGUCAUGAAGAAAAGUUUUGAAAGGCAUAUAAGUAGCAUAUUGCCAGUGACUAAAAGCAUUUUGCGCUCUGCUAUUGAUGCUUUUACCAACUCGCAGAUGGAUCUUCCUAACGAAGCUACUAUUCCUUACUGGAAAGAGGCAUACUAUUCACUAGUUAUGUUGGAGAAGAUGCUACAUCAGUUUCGAGAUUUAAGCUUAGAAAGGGAUCUUGAGGAUAUAUGGGAAAUGAUCUGUGAGUUGCUGUUGCAUCCACAUGCAUGGUUGCGCAAUGUAUCAAAUCGCCUUAUUGCAUUGUACUUUACUUGCGUGAACGAGUCUAGAAGAGUAAGUGUUGAGAAGUCGAAUGGGGCCUUAUUCCUUAUGAUGCCAAGUAGACUUUUUAUGAUAGCUGUUUCUCUUUGCUGCCAACUGAAAGCACCUAUUAAUGAUGAUGAGGCUGCUGCAAAGGAUGUAAAACUCGGUGCUAAGAAGGAAAAGGAAAAGAACCAUUAUCACCGGAGCAGCCUGAUUACAAAAAAUCUUGUGUUUGCAAUUUGUGGUCUGAACGCCUUGAUGAAAGAGUGGGCUGGUGUGAACCAUACUGAGUUCUGGUCUAACCUUGAACAGCAUGAGCAGGAGCGGUUUCUUAAAGCUUUUCGAUUGCUCAAUUCAAGAAAAGUGACAGGAAUGCUUUUGCCCAUUACUGGUGCUACACAACAUCAAAGUGAUACAGACCAUUCUGAGGGCCUUCAAUAUCUGCUUGUCUCUAAUCUGCUUAAAGAGCUGGGGAAGCUUGCUCUUCAAAUGGAGGCUACUCAGAUGAGGAUUGUCUUCAAUAGUUUCCGGAAAAUUUUACCAGAAAUCAGUCCGGACGAUUCCCGACAUUAUGCAUCUCAAAUGAUGUUUCCUUUGUAUAAAGUUAGUGAAGGGUUUGCUGGAAAAAUUAUCACUGAUGAUCUAAAGCAAUUAGCACAAGAAGUUUUGGGGAGUAUACGGAACGCUUUAGGCAGCCAAGAUUUUGGACAUGUUUACACUGAGAUAAAGAAGAAACUAAAAUCGAAAAGGGAAAAGAGGAAGCGAGAGGAGAAGCGCAUGGCUGUUAUUAACCCCGUUCGCAAUGCCAAGAGGAAGUUGAGGAUAGCAGCUAAGCAUCGUGCCAACAAGAAAAGGAAGAUAAUGGCAAUGAAAAUGGAAAGAUGGAUGCGUUGAGAAUUGAUGUUGUAAAUGAUCCCUCUGAAUAUACAACUCUGCUGAUGGCUUGCCUUUUUCAUCACUAAAUCAUUAGGAACUUGUAAGUUGCUAGGAACCAAGAAUAUUAUCUAUUUUGAAGUCCUCUUCUCAUUGCUUUUGCCCCACGAAAUUUUGAAAAAUUCACCAUCUGUUUCCCUCUUUUUUGAUUAUCGAGGAAUCUCUUUUACUUGUAAAUUAUUGAGGAAUCUCCUUUACUUGUAAUACAUGAAUAUUUGUAAUUCUCCGUAUGUUCCAAAUAGACAGGUCAGUUAAUCUGAACCUUGCCUUAGAUUUAUUCAUUUAUAUGCCGUCGGUUUGUUUUAAUUCAUCGUGUUUUUUUAUGAAGUGUAAUAUUGAAUUAAGAUGCAUUAAUAAAUAGAUUCAUCAAAAAUGAAAAUUG